AUGGAUAAGGAUCAAGCCGCUCCUGCAGCAGAAACCGUCGACGCGACGGCUGCAGCUGCUGCUGACCUGUCAAUCGCCGAUAAGCCAGCAGCAGAGGCCACGGAGCAGAAGGAUCAGAAAGAGAAGAAGGAGAAGAAGGAAAAACCCAAAAAGGAGAAGGUCCCUAAGGAGAAAAAGCCCAACCAACAAGGCGGAGGAGGCGGAGGCGGCGGAGGGGGGAAGAAGGAGGUGAAGAAGGAGACGCUGCUGGGUCUGUCGGUUAAGAAAUCAGAGGACUAUGGGAAGUGGUACUCGGAGGUGGUGGUUCAGUCAGAGCUGAUUGAGUACUAUGACGUGUCCGGCUGUUACAUCCUCCGACCCUGGUCCUACUCCAUCUGGGAAACCAUCAAGGACUUCUUUGAUGCGGAGAUCAAGCAGCUGGGCGUGCAGAACUCCUACUUCCCCAUGUUCGUCUCUGAGAGGGCGCUCAACGCUGAGAAGGACCACGUCGAGGGCUUUGCUCCCGAGGUGGCAUGGGUGACCAAGUCAGGUCAGUCUGAGUUAGACGUGCCCAUCGCCAUCCGCCCCACGAGUGAGACGGUGAUGUACCCCAUCUACGCCAAGUGGAUUCACUCGCACCGCGACCUGCCGCUGAAGCUCAACCAGUGGAACAGCGUCGUGCGCUGGGAGUUCAAGCACCCCACGCCCUUCAUCCGGAGUCGCGAGUUCCUGUGGCAGGAGGGCCAUACCGCCUUCGCCAGCAAGGAGGAGGCGGAUGUUGAAGUGUUGGCCAUCCUGGAGCUGUACCGCCGCAUCUAUGAGGAGCUGCUGGCCGUGCCGGUGGUGAAGGGCGUGAAGAGCGAGCGGGAGAAGUUUGCUGGGGGGCUCUACACCACCACUGUCGAGGCAUUCAUCCCAGCGACGGGCAGGGGCAUCCAGUCGGCCACGUCGCACUGCCUGGGACAGAACUUUGCCAAGAUGUUCAACAUUGAGUUUGAGGACGACAAGGGCGCCAAGCAGAUGGUCUGGCAGAACAGCUGGGGGCUCUCCACCCGCUCGAUCGGCGUGAUGGUGAUGGUGCAUUCAGACGACAAGGGCCUCGUGCUGCCGCCCAACGUGGCGCCCAUCCAAGCCAUCGUCGUCCCCAUCCCCUUCAAGGACGCCGACCGGGCGGCCGUCGUGGCAGCAGCAGCCGACGUGGGCGCCCAGCUGCGGGCGGCGGGGGUGCGGGUGAAAGAGGACGCGCGCGACAACUACUCCCCAGGCUUUAAGUACAACUUCUGGGAGCUCAGGGGUGUUCCCAUCCGUGUGGAGCUGGGCCCCAGGGACCUUGCCAACAAGCAGGUGGUGUUGGUGCGGAGGGACACGGGCGCCAAGGAGUCAGCGCCCUGGGAGGGGCUGGGCGAGCGGGUGAAGGCGCUGCUAGCGACGAUCCACGCGGACAUGCUGGCGCGCGCCACCAAGGAGCGCGAUGACAGCAUCGUCAAGAUUACAAAGUGGGAAGAGUUCAUGCCGGCAAUCGAUGCCAAGAAGAUGGUGCUGGCGCCGUGGUGCGAUGAGGAGGCGGUGGAGGAGGAUGUGAGGAAGCGGAGCGCCGGUGCUGGGGAAGGCGGGUCCGCCAAGACUUUGUGCAUGCCGUUCGAGCAGCCCGAGCUGCCAGAAGGCGCACUCUGCUUUGCAUCAGGCAAGCCAGCCAAGAAGUGGGCUCUGUGGGGCCGCAGCUACUAA